GGAUAAUGUGCUGGGCUUUUGCCAGCUCUCAAACGGGCCAAAACAAGCAGCCAAAGCCCAUGCCUGCAAAUCACCAACAAAAUGCUGACCCAUUUCCUGGUCUUCCUCGCGGCAUGCAUCCUGGAAGGCCCGCCAUGGCGACUCGGGCCCGCCCGUGAUGGUCCUUUGGGGCCUUUGGGGUCGACGGCGCGCCGGCGGCCAAACUUCCUGAUAGUCGUGGCCGACGACCUGGGCUUCGGCGACACGUCGCCGUACGGCGGCGAGAUGGACACGCCCAACCUGCAGCGGCUGGCCGACGAGGGCGUGCGCAUGACGGGCUUCCACACGGCCGCCUCGUGCUCGCCCACCCGCGCCAUGCUGCUGUCGGGCACCGACUCGCACAUCGCCGGCCUGGGCUGCAUGGCCGAGCGCAUGCGGCGGUUCCCCGAAAUCUUCGAGGGGCGGGCCGGAUACGAAGGGUACCUCAACUUCCGCGUCGCGGCCCUGCCCGAGAUCUUGCAGGACGCGGGCUACUUUACCCUCAUGACGGGCAAGUGGCACCUCGGUCUGACCAAGGAGACGUCGCCGUGGGCGCGCGGCUUCACGAGGGUGCUCAGCACGCUGCCGGGCGCUGGUAACCACUUCAACCGCGAGCCGGUGCUGCGCGGCCUGAAGGAGAAGCCGCGUAGGUACUUUAAGGGCAACGGCAUCUGGAUGCGGGACGGCGACUUCAUCGACGGCUCGCCCGAGGGUGGCGACCUGCCCCGCGACUUUUACUCGUCAAACACCUUCACCGACUACUUCCUCGACUUCCUGCGCGGGCGCAACGAGACCGAGGCCGCCCGGCCCUUCUUCGGCUACCUCGCCUUCACGGCCCCGCACUGGCCGCUGCAGGCGCCCAGGGAGACGGUGGAAAAGUACCGCGGCCGCUACGACGACGGGCCCGUGGCGCUGCGCGACCGCCGGCUGAGGAGCCUGGUGUCCAAGGGCCUCGUGCCGCCCGACGUCGAGCCCGCCCCCAUGCACAUGCUGGACACGCGGCCGUGGGACGAGCUGUCGGACGACGAGCGCAACACGUCGAGCCGCACCAUGGAGGUCUACGCCGCCAUGGUGGACCUCGUCGACGUCAACGUGGGCCGCGUGCUGGACUACCUCGACAGCACGGGGGAGCUGGACGACACCUUUGUCGUCUUCAUGUCCGACAACGGCGCCGAGGGCCAGCUGCUCGAGGCGGUGCCGGUGCUGACAAACGUGACCAUGGGCCAGCUGCUGGAGCGCCACUACGACAACUCGCUGGAAAACAUCGGCAACCACGACUCCUUCGUCUGGUACGGGCCCCAGUGGGCCGGCGCCGCCACGGCGCCCAGCCGCGCCGCAAAGUCGUACGCCACCGAGGGCGGCAUCCGCUGCCCCUGCAUCGUGCGCCACCCCCCGUCCAUCCCGCCGGCCGGCCGCGGGGCCGUCGCGCCCCAGUUCACGUCCGUCAUGGACCUGCUCCCGACCGCGCUCGAGCUCGCCGGCGUCGCCCACCCGGCCCCGCGCUUCCGGGGCCGCGACGUCGUGGCGCCGCGCGGGAGGUCGUGGCUACCGCUGCUGCGAUCGUCGUCGCCGCCACACCAAAAGGAGGACCACCACCCGCCGCCGCCCGUCGAGGUCUACGGCGACGACGGGCGCAGCGACGUCGUCGGCUGGGAGCAGCUCGGCACCGCGGCCGUGCGGCUCGGCGGCUGGAAGGCCCUGUUCCUGCCCCCGCCCCGCGGGCCCGGCAGGUGGGAGCUCUACAACGUGGCCGAGGACCCGGCCGAGUCGCGCGACCUGGCGGCCGAGAUGCCCGCCAAGCUGGCCGAGAUGGUGGCGCAUUACGAAACCUACUUCCACGAGUCGGGCAUGUUUGACGCCUACGCGCUGUACCAGCAGAGGGUGAAGGAGGGCGCCGAGGGGCUCGAGGGUUGAGCGGGGGGGGACGGGGAAUGAUAUAAAACUGGGGGGAAUAUAAGAGGGGAUUGCAGUCACUGGCACUGUAGCUACAGACCUUUAUUCAACUAACAAGACCCCCCGGAAAUAGUUUGCGUCUCUCCUAUGGAUGGUGC